AUGUUGCUCUGCAGGAUAGCUGUUACGGUUUUUGCAUUACUUAUUGUUCAUUGUUUGGCGGCAGAUCAAGACAUUCUCACCAUCUUGAGUCAGCAAACCGACAUCGCUACCUUUACGGGCAUCUUGGAGAAGUUUCCAGACUUGGUCGACAUCUUGAACCAAGGCACUUUCAGCCUGUUGGUUCCCAAUGACCAGGCAAUCGCCCUGUACAACGCAGACAAUCCCCAACUAGAACAAGACGAAGACAACCUCAGAGCAAUCGUUCUGUACCAUAUCACAAAUGGAACCCAUCCUUCUGCCACAUUUGGCCUGCAGCCACUAUUCGUCCCGACUCUCCUGACGAACUCGAGCUAUACCAAUGUGACCGGAGGACAAGUGGUGGAAAUCGCCUCUCAAGAUAACAAGCCCACAGUUGUAUCUGGGGUGAAGGCGGUGUCACAUGUGGUCGAGGCUGACAUCUUUUAUAUUGGUGGUCUCAUUCAUAUUAUCGACACUGUGCUGACCAUCCCAAUAUCAUUUCCCGCCACCAUCACGAAGGCAGGGCUGACCGACCUUGUCGCCUUGUUAAGUAAGGGAGGAUGGCUGACUCCAAGCUCUCCCGCGGCAGCUAUUGUCAACAAUUUGCAGGAUCUCACAGUCUUUGGCCCAAAUAAUCCGAAUUUCGGCGCCACAUUCACCGGAUUUGACGGCCUCUCCGAGACAGAUUUGCUCUCAAUCUUUCGGUAUAGCAUCUCGCAGGGACCAGUGCUAUAUUCAUCCGAAUUCAAAAACAACUCCAAAAUCCCGACAUUGGAGAAUAAAACCGCGACAAUGACUGAGCUCAAUGGCGGUUUCUACGUUGAUGCUUCACUCAUUACCACAAGAGACUUUCUUACCUCGAAUGGCGUGUUACAAAUUCUGGAUAGCCCUCUGAAUCCCAACACGACUGGUGCACGACCAGUCCAGUCCUCACCUGCAUCCUCAAGCAAAGGAUCAAAUGGGCUCAGCGCCGCUGCUGGCGCAGGAAUCGGUAUCGUGAUCGGCGCCCUGGUACUGGGCGGCGCCCUUAUUGUCGCCCUGUACAUCCGCACCAAACGCCGACGAGCAAGCAUGCCCGGCGGCCAGAGACUCGACGGCGAGUCCCACGAGCGUGUGGCAUAUCGCUCUGAUCCUAACGAACCACCGCCGACUUAUGAAUUGGAUACGAAAUCCAUCGCCGGAGGAGCGGCAACAGGCAAUGUUCCGACGACUCGUGUCUAUGAAAUUCAUCACUCUCCCAAACCACCUUCUCCACUCGAGAUCGACGGCACCGAGAGGAGUCGAAUCAGCAUCACCAUUGAAGGCAGUCCUCCCCGCCACUUGGGAUUCCAGGCUCGCUACUAA